AAUGAAUCAGCAUCUCUUCUUUAUGAUGUCACAUUACUGCGUGUAGACCUAAUUAACUUUACCGUAUGAGUUAUCAGCACAGCUUUGGUAGCUUGAACUGUGGUUGCACGGAUUUCAAACUUUAUCAAGUUGAAUUUUGCAUCACUCAACGCUAAAAAAAUAAAUAAAUAAACGCUGUCACGUUUUACUGGGCAAACGUUUUGAAGCUAGACUUGGAUCGUUAUGCAUAUUUCUACUCCUGAGCGUUGUUGUAUAAGAAUUCAUCCAUAAACGUUAAACUCGACGGCCUACGGCACCGUUAGCAACCUGCCGUUAGUUUUGAAAAGCUCGUUAUAAAAAUGUCAGCAGAAAAGUUAAACCCGGUUCACAAGGCCCCUUCUUCGGUGGAAAACUAAGACAGACACAGUAUUAGAAAGAAUGGAGGUAUCAAGGAGACGAAUCUUCCAAAAGCACCUGGAGCCAGCGAGACCCCUGCGCCGCUGCAUCCAUGAUGACAUUGAGCCCCAAAUAAAUGUUGCUGCACGUGCACAGACUCUGGCAGCGCAAGAGCCACAAAGAUGUUUCAACAAUUUCCCAGACUCCAAGACAAAUAUUGGUAUAGAGCAGUUCUUCAAGAUUGUCAACCUCCACGAACAGAAAAAAGGCAGAAUAUCUUACACAAGGGAUUUUUUAAUUAGUCUGGCUGGAUGUCCUGAGGCCAAGAAGAAGCCAGAAUUCUUGCCAGAUUAUCCAAUAACCUUGACCAAAGCAAGAGAUCCUGCACACCUAUCGCUUCACGAAAUGAAGGGGAAUGGGGAAAAAGAAGACAUGGAGGCCGAAAAGCUUCACUCACCUUGAGAAUUGUGCACAGGUCUCACCGUUUUCCGCAAGGAGUGUUUGUGUUGUUUGCUUUAUCCUCAAACUUGUGACUUUUUAAUUUGCAUGUUUAUCAUUCUGUGUGAGCCUGAUAACCAUUUGACUUUCUGACUUUAUUUGCUCAUGUAUGAGCAUGACUUUUUUUUGCUGUGUAACAUUUUGCCUUAAGUAUUUAUAUAGUGUAAAAAAAAAUGUGCUCUAAACAUAAAUAUUAAUGGAUACUUCUCAA